CCCGCUCGAACCAGCGCGCGUCUAGAACCCGUCGCCGCCGCUGCCGCGGCCGCCGCGGUCGGUUGUCGUCAUGAGUUCUCCGUGGGAUGAGCUGACCCUUGCCUUUUCUCGCACGUCUAUGUUCCCCUUUUUUGACAUCGCCCACUACCUGGUGUCGGUGAUGGCGCUGAAGCAUCAACCAGGAGCAACAGCUGUGGCGUGGAGGAAUCCUUUAUCAAGCUGGUUUACUGCUAUGCUCCACUGCUUUGGUGGAGGAAUAUUAUCCUGUGUACUGCUUGCAGAACCUCCAUUGAGGUUUCUUGCAAGCAACACUAAUAUAUUAUUGGCAUCUUCAAUCUGGCAUUUUACAAGGUAUAUUACGUUUUUUUGCCCAUGUGACCUAGUUUCCCAGGCCUAUUCUUUCCUACCUGUUCAACUGCUGGCUGCAGGAAUGAAGGAAGUGACCAGAACUUGGAAAAUAGUAGGUGGAGUCACACAUGCUAAUAGCUAUUACAAAAAUGGCUGGAUAGUCAUGAUAGCUGUUGGAUGGGCCCGAGGUGCAGGUGGUAGUAUCAUCACGAAUUUUGAGCGCUUGGUAAAAGGAGGUUGGAAACCAGAAGCUGAUGAAUGGCUAAAGAUGUCCUAUCCUGCCAAGAUAACCUUGCUGGGGUCAAUUAUCUUCACAUUCCAGCAGACCAAACAUCUGUCAGUAGCAAAGCAUAAUCUUAUGUUCUUUUAUACUGUGUUUCUUGUGGCCACAAAGAUAUCCAUGAUGGUUACCAAGAGUUCUACUACAUUUUUUGCUCCUUUUGAGGAUGCUCUGAGUCGGAUGCUGUUUGGCAGGCAGCAACAGUUUACAUCAUGUGAAAAGAAAAGUGAAACUAAAUCGUCUUUCAAUGGUACUGGUUCAUCAACUUCAAAAGCUGUAGCCGAUUCCUCAGAUAAGGUUAAAAAGAAACACACUAAGAAGAAUGAGUAAAUUUAUUUGAUGAACUCAGGAUGGCAUUUUUUUUUCUACCUGUCAGAUUGUGAUAAUUAUUUCUAUGUAAAUGAUGUGAAAUAAAGAUUAUCUAUAAGGAAUGGAGAUGACAAAAAGAAAGAACUUCUUUCUGUUUCAGGGACUAUCCCUUCUGGAUUGUAAUUUGAAUGUUAGGAGGUAUCAUGUGAAAUUGUUUCUUUAACUUAUAUAUAAAAGAUUCUAUUGUGAUUAUUUUUAUAGUUUUAUAUUGAUAAAAUAUA